GUGUGACCUUUAUCGGGCUAAGAAUUUAACGCAUUGUUUGGACUCCAAGAAGAUCGUCCCCGGCCCAUACAAAACGCUGCUUGAAUCUGUUCUUGAAAAAUGGCAUUGGAGCCACCGGGAGAGCGUAAAAAUAUGAUCAAGGGAAGCAUCAAGUCGUUUAAAGAACGCACCGCAGUAUUACAGGCAGAGUUAAAGGAGUAUGAAAACAAGAGACGAGAAUUUGAGAUCGAAACCAAGAACCAGCGGGUACGGGAGAGUCGAGCAAAGCAACAGAUGCAGCGAAUGAGGCAGAGAAUGCAGGACAUCGAUGUGAAAAUGGAAAAGAACGAGAAUAAAUUGAUGAUUCUAAAAGACAGAUUGCACCAAGCAAGACGACGCACUCAGGAUAAUUUAGAGACGACGAAAUUUCUUGAAGGGUCUCAUGUUGAUUUGGAGGGUAAGACGAAAGAUAUACAACAAGCUCAUGAAUAUGCUGCUCUUAUGAGGAGAAAAAGGAUGGCUAAGGAGAAAGAAAUUCACGCAUUAGAAGACAAGAUUGCAAUAGCUGAAAGGCGUUGCACCAAAGCCGAAGAUAGGGCGUUUGUUAUUAGAGAGAAACUCGCAACACACAGGCACCUACAGGGCAACCCCCAGAUCUCUGAAUCAGAGGUUUACACUGGUAAUGACGAUAUGGACAGAAGGGCUAACCACUUACGACAAAAAAUCAACAAAGCUGUCAUCCGGUACACGAAGGCCGAGAAAAAGGCAGCCAACUUAGAAAAUAAAGCCGAAGUUCUUGAGAUCUCCUUGGAGAACUACGAACGACGCUUCCGAGAUUUUCAACAAAGUAAACGCGAAUUGAUGAGCUCUAAAUUAUUUUAAUGUUGUGUUUAUUUAUAGACUGAAAUGAGUCGUGACAAAUAGGAUUGAACUGCUGUGGUCUAAAACGCAGUUUGGUAGAAUUACAAAACUAUGCAUGGUUGAGGCUUAUCGGAGUAUGAAGAAAAUCUUAAAGCACUUUCUUAGCGAUAAACACUUCGUCUAUGGAAUGCCUCGCAAGCUGCAGCACAGCUUUACUGGCUGUUUAAGUGUCAGAUUAUGCGAUGUUUAUCCUUUGUUAGGCAUGACGGAUCAUUUCACUAUGGAAUUAUCUAUUGUUCUUUACAUAUGGUUCCCAAAACAAUGGGGUAGCCUGAGUCUUCGUUGAAUUUAUACAAACAGGAUUUGAUUAUAUUUUCUAAAGCAGUGUCUUCUUUGCAAUUGUCGUGCUUAAUCUGUUAAAGAACAUCAAAGAUGAAGAUUUAGGUAAAAAAGACUAUCAUUAGAUUAGUAUGUUACUUAGCAACCACUGUAGAAUAUCAUUAAGGGGGCCGUGCCACGAGUUUCCCGUGGGCCACGGUUUAUUAAACAGUUCAACAGCC